AUGGUAAAUGUUCCUAAAACAAGAAAAACUUAUUGUAGCAAUAAAUGUAAAAAGCAUACGUUACAUAAAGUGAGUCAAUAUAAAAAGGGAAAGGAAAGAACGUCAGCAUUAGGAAGAAGAAGAUACGAUAUGAAACAAAAAGGUUUUGGAGGCCAAACAAAACCAGUUUUUAAAAAAAAAGCAAAAACAACUAAAAAAAUUGUUCUUAAAUUAGAAUGUACUAAAUGUAAGAAGAAAAGAUUUCUAACAAUGAAAAGAUGUAAAACAUUUGAAAUGGGAGCGGAUAAAAAAAAGAAAGGAGCAGUAUAUUGA